AUGGUUACCCGCAGCAAAUCCCCCAAGCCCAACGACAAUGCCGUCAAGAACGAGUCGAAUCCCUUGAGAUCGGACCCCGAGUUGUGUGGGUUACUCAAGCGUCUCGAUAAGAUUAAGAAAUACAAGACGUUCAAUCGCUGGAAAACAAAGUUUCUGAACCGCCUGGAUGGUCUGAUUUAUCAAAAAGGAAUGGAUCCGGCCGAACGAACGACGGAAGCUUUUAACAAACUCGUCAAAAAGACGGUCGUGGCGGCGUCCAAAGUGACCAAUCACAUUGAAAAGGGAGAAUUGAGCAGCGAAAAGAAAACCGUCAAGGCAUCAUUGUCAUUGAGCGAAUUGUCCAACAACUUGACGACCACGGUCGAAAAAUUAGAGGAACUCAUCCCUUCCACGGGCAAGGAUGAAAAAAAGCUGGGAUGCCCUCACGGGAUUGCCGAAAAGGUGGCAGAUGUGGCCGAUCGCCAACAAUUGGAGCUCUUUGAGUACUACAAGACCAAGUUCCAGAGAUUCUGUGAUAUCAUGGCCGAUUUGAACAUGUACGAAAUCAUGAUGAAGUGUGUCGAGUUCCAAGAAGCACCCGAUCCAGAAGAAUCCUCCGAUGAAGAACCCAUCAUGAUUGAACUUGCCGUCGAAGGACCCGAUGGGCAAACGCAAAUCAUCAAAUUAGAAGUGGAUCCCAUCGACAAGCAAAUUGUCAAGUUCAAGGGAAAGGAAUUGCCAGACAACAACAUGACUGUAGGCAAGGCAGGACUCCAGGACGGAUCCAAACUCACGGUGGAACCACUCAAGAUACCCAUCACGGUCAAGACGUAUGAUGGAAAGACCAUUAAACUCAUGGUGGAUCCAGCGACUUACUUGAGCGAUAUUAAGCGAAAGGUAGAACCCGAAUCCGGUGUUCCAGCUCAAAAUCAACGACUCUUUCUCGAUAAGAAGGAACUGGACAAUGACAACCAACGAGCCGACGAUGCCGGGAUCAAAGCCAACACGGUCCUCUACAUGGAACCCAAAAGCAUCAAACUCAAUGUCGAAAUGCCCGAUGGAAGCAAAGUCGAAGUGGAGGUCUCACCCUCGGAUACUACCGAUGAUCUCAAACAAAAAAUUGAAGAGGAGACGGGUAUGAAGGUACCGGAACAAAUCUUGAAACAAAACGGCAAGGAUUUGCCAGCGGGCAAAAAGUUGAAAGAUCUUGGAAUCAAAGAUGGUGAUGACGUGCAGGUGCCAUCAACAAGGUCCCUGUCAAGAUUGACCAUGGAUGGCAAACCCCUCACGGGCGACAAGAAAACGGCGCGAGAUAUGGGUAUCAAGGCGGGGACGACACUCAAGUUGGAUGCCAAGGCGAUAACCAUCACAGUGGAACUCACGGAUGGAACCAAGCAUGUCGUGAAAUUGGACGCCCUGGACUCCAAGUCGGCCAUUGAGAAGUCCAUUGGCAAGACAGGGUUGGCCAAAUUCUUGACAAUCAACUCGGGAACGCUGGAACUGGACACAACAAAAUUUCGGAAAAAAGUGAAACCUGUAAGAAUUGGGUGA